GAGGCUCUCAUAUGUAGUGAAGAUUGGUUGAGAUCUUCGAAUUACUCAUCGCCACUUUCCAAGGAUGAUUAUGAGGAUCCAGAAGAACUUGAAAAUGCGUUCCAAUCUAUGGUUCGGACCGUGAAUGCUUCUAUUCUGGGAGAAGAAGAUGAAGAAAGUGAUUCAGAUUCGAGUCAGGAGAAUGAAGGCAGUUCAUCGGACUGAUUCAACUUUGCUUUUGGUAGUACCUGAUGUCUUUUCGGUUUAUGGUCUAUGGAUGAUAUCUAUUUUCUUGCUG